AUGCGUCUCCGGGAAAAGGCAUGGACCGGGUCCCCGCUUCAUGUGUAUUUACUAUUUACAACCUUUGGUCCUUGCAGAGAGAAGAGAAGCAAAGCAUUUCAUUUGUGAGUAUUUACAUUAUCCAGCGAACAUUUUGUGAGUAAGAGAAGCAUAGCAGAAGAGCAGAGAAUUCAAUGACAGGUGUUGCAGAGAGAUCAGAAGGUGUUACUCUCGAAGGGUUGAGGAAGAGAAUGGCGGAGUUUGCAAAGGAAAGGCACUGGGAUCAAUUUCAUAGCCCUAGAAAUCUCCUUCUAGCUCUGGUGGGAGAAGUGGGAGAGCUGUCCGAGAUAUUCCAGUGGAAGGGGGAGGUUCCAAGAGGACUGCCCGAUUGGAAAGACGAAGAGAAGGAACACCUGGGUGAAGAGCUUUCCGACGUACUGCUUUACCUUGUUAGGCUCUCUGACAUAUGUGGCGUUGAUCUUGGUAAAGCUGCUCUCCGUAAGCUGGAACUCAAUGCCAUUAAAUACCCAGUCAAGCUCUGAAAGGGCUCCUCCAAAAAGCCCACGCAAAUCAACGUGCCAGACAACAACGAGGGUAGUUGUAAUGGUGGCGUUACGGCCAUCAGCAACAGUGACAGCAAAAGCCGCAGUGAUGGUGUGUGAUCUUCCUCUGAUUUUAUGUCCCCUUGACUCAUCCUCUCUCCUUUUAGGUUCUUAAAGCCUUCUCUUUUUGUUAGUUUAUGCCCAAAAAUCAAUCCCGUAAUGUGUUUAAGUAGGCUUUCAACUACAGUGUAAUAGAUUUAGCUUUAUGCAUUCUCUCUUGGUGAUUUGGUGUGGGAGUUGAAGGUGGUGAAAUUGACAUUUCUCUAUGCUUAUUUCAAGUUUUCAACUAGAGGUGGGUUUUGCUUUUUAUAAUACUAGAGAUUGGAUUUGCAUGAGCACAAUCUGGGGUGGCGUGCCACUGUGCUUACUGUAGCUGUUGCACUGUUCUAUGGUGUUUUGUGAUAAAAAAUCUGGUUGCAGAGCCUUGCAGCUGUAGGGCUGAGGCGUAUCCUUCUGCCACCCGAGUGGUAAUUUCAGUGGUAUGUGUUAUAUAUUUGUUUC